AUGACUGUGACCUUUUUGUCCGUAAUAUUCAAUUCCAAGAAAAAAGAAAAGCUGAACUAUAUAUGGUACGUGUUUACUCAUAUUUUAUACGGCAUUUUUAGUUCUCCAGUUUACAUUAAAAUGUUGAAUGGAAUAGCGAAAUCUAACGUGAGGUACCCUUACGACGUUUCAGAUUCGUCCAAGCUGCUCGAGUCCUCCUUGCUCCCGACGCCCCUCCGUCGAGUGUCCGAGGUGGCCUCUGUUGGCGACCGGCAGCGCAAGUCGGUCGUGGAGGACGCCGACAGUUCCCGGCUCUCCGAGGAGCUGUGGCCGCCGACGAGUCGCCUGUUCCCGUCCUUUGACAACACCACGUCAAGAAACGUCACCUCUCAGUUAGGACAGACGGCCUACCUCCACUGCAUCGUCAACAACCUGGGCGACAAAACGGUGCUCUGGAUCCGACGUCGCGACUACAACGUGCUCACGGUGGGCCUGGACACAUACACGGCCGACGACCGCUUCCAGGCCGUCCACCUGGAGCGUUCGUCGGACUGGGCGCUCCAGGUCAAGUACGUGCAGCUCUCCGACGGAGGCCUCUACGAGUGCCAAGUCUCCUCGGACCCCAAGAUAAGCUACUUCGUCAACCUGACCGUCCUCGUGGCCAAGGCGGUGGUGGAGGGCGGCCCGGACCUGUUCAUCCGCACCGGCAGCUCCAUCAACCUGACGUGCGAGAUCAGCCAGAGCCCGGAGCCGCCACAUUUCGUGUUCUGGUACCACAACGACCGCAUGAUCAACUACGUAUCGGCCAAGGGAGAAAUCAGCCUGCACAAGGGCGGGCCAGAGAAGACAGUGAGCAGGCUGUACAUACGAAAGGCCGUCUCCUUGGACUCCGGCAACUACACCUGCGACCCGGCCAAUGCGGAGCCGGUCAGCAUAAGCGUGCACGUCGUCAACGGUGAGAAACCAGCGGCGAUGCAGCACGACGGAAAGCCCCUAUCAUCUUCCUCCUCCCAAACAAUCGCGACAAUUUUCCAUUGGUCGGUUGUCCACUACGUCAUGUGCUACGUCAUCGCCGGUGUCAUGCUGAGGUAA